GCAAGCCUCGCAUAAUCAGUAUAGCUUUACUUUGGUUUGAUCUUUGUCCCAAGGCACAUUCGCCAAUUCGGUCGGAGUCGAUGAUUCUAGGGCACAGCCACAUCGACUUUGCGAUGUGUCAUUCAUUGGUUCAUCCGUUCUCUUUCCCGUCAAAAUGCACGCACUCGAAUCGUAUUCAAUUCUGCACUCGGAGCGACAUCGGGUGGCAAUGAAAACGUGGAGACACUCCGCUUAUCAAUGUCAAACAGUUGAUGCAUCAGACCGCAUCCGUGGAGAGUAACGUUGUCCCUCAGACAUGUUCCGUCGCCUCGCGUGCCUCGCGUUUUUGGCGUCCUACACGCUGAUACUGCCCGGCACACAUGCUUCUCACCAGCCUGAGGACCACGUGCAAGCCGUUCUGAAUGCGGAGGAUGCGCCACACCUUGCAAUGGAGUCGCGGCCCAUUGGGAUAAUGGACGAGCUUGCGGAUCUGCUUCAGGCAAGCAUAUGGGUGGACGAGAACAAAACCGAUGUCUCUGAAGUGGCCACGAGCUGUUGUACCGUCCUGAACGAUGCGCUCCCCGGCCUCGUAUUCUUUCCCCAUUCGUCUGAGUACGCGCUUCAACAAGCUACAUAUCACUCUCUUGCCCAAUCCGACCUGCUGCCGCGAUGCCGCGUAACACCCACCUCCGCUCCCGAGGUCUCGGCGAUCGUUACGCUAGCCGCGAACUACGAAUGCCACUUUGCGGUCCGCUCUGGAGGUCAUAUGGUAGCCGCUGGCUCGAGUAACAUCAACGGAACGGGAUUCACGAUCGACUUGGGUCGGAUGAAUACGGUCUCCCUGGCGAGUGAGGCUGGGCUCGUCUCGUUCGGUGCCGGGAGUCGCUGGGGGGAGGUUUAUGAGGCACUGGCUCCAUUCAAUCUGACAACGGCCGGGAGCCGUCUACCGAGCGAUGGUGUCGGUGGCUUCCUUCUCGGCGG